CUUACGGUUAAAUCACAAUGUCUACCCAUAUUCGUUCCAACAAUACUAUGAAGAAUACCAAACAAAAACAAGAAACACCUCCCUCCCACCAAAUUCGCGCCCUCCACACACCCACCACAAUAACAAUCUACCAGGCAUAUCCACCCUCCAUCGCCUGCCCCGCCAUCACCACCCAAUCAUUCACCAAAGUCCCCCAAUUCAGCCGGACCCGGAUGACAUGGAUAAAGCCCUCCUUCCUAUGGAUGGCAUACCGCUCCGGGUACGCCAGUAAAAAGGGACAGGAGCAUGUUCUAGCUAUUGAAAUCACGAGGGAAGGGUUCGAGUGGGCGCUGCGGCAUGCUUGUCUUUCACAUACACCCAAUGGUGCUUCAGAGGAGGAAGUUAGGGCUUGGACGGAGAAGAUGAAGAAGAGUCCGGUUAGGGUUCAGUGGGAUCCUGAGCGGGAUUUAUGGGGGAGGCCGCUGGGUUGGCGCAGUUUGCAGGUUGGAUUGAAGGGGGAGGCGGUUGAACAGUAUAUUGAGCAGUGGAUUCUGGGGAUUAGAGAUGUUACAGAGCUGAUGCAUGAUGUUAGUCGGAGGGUGGAUGUGGGCGAUGUUGAGGGGGCCAAGGCACUGUUGCCUAUAGAAGAUGUUUUUGAGUUGCCAGAAGAUAUUGGGAGGGGAAUUGGAAUGGAAGGAUAGAGUAUAUUAUAGACUACACCCAUAUAAUAAUAUGCGAAUACUAAUUAGGGC